AUGGUCAACAAGGCCGAUAACGACGCGCUUGAGGCGCAAUUCGAAUCUCAAUUCCAGAAGCCCGGUGAUCUUGUCGAGCGUGAUGAUGAUACCGGUGCCAUGUCUAUCGAGAGUCUCUGCAUGAACUGCCACGAGCAAGGAAUCACCCGCCUGCUCUUGCUCCGUGUCCCCUACUUCAGAGACAUCAUUCUGGAGAGCUUCGAAUGCGAACACUGUCAUCUCAAGAACAACUCGAUUAAGUCGGCCGGCCAGAUCCAGGAGCGCGGAACCGUCUACACUUUGAAGGUCGAGAAUGAGCAAGACAUGCAGCGCCAAGUCAUCCGUAGCGAUGUUUCCAGCUUCAAGCUGACCACUCCACUCGGCAACGAGAUCGAGGUUCCAAAAGGAACUGGUCAGCUUACUAACGUGGAAGGCAUGGUCCAAUUGAUCCACGAAACCCUCUCCAGCGAGCAAGAACUUCGCAAAGACCAAGCUCCCGAACUUUACACUGCCCUCGAGCCUAUCAUCGCCAGCCUGAAGAAUAUUCUAGAUCGCCAGGACGCUUUCCCCUUCUCUAUCUCCCUCGAUGACCUCACUGGAAACUCAUGGAUUGCACCUAGCAGCAAUGAUCGUGGCAACAAGUACACGCGCCGUGAAUACCCGCGUACCCACCAACAGAACGAGGAAUUGGGCAUUGCCGCCGACGCGGAAGCUGUGAACAACGAGGACACAGCGUUCGGCGAACCAGAGGAUCUCGACAUCGUUGAUGGCCAGGUCUACACCAUUCCUGCCGAGUGUCCCGGUUGUUCAAGGGAGGCCGAGGUUAACAUUAAGAAGGUCAACAUUCCGUACUUCAAGGAAGUCCUGCUGUUUGGCACGAACUGUGGAAACUGUGGUUACAAGUCCUCUGCUAUUAAGACCGGUGGUGAGGUCCCUGAUAAGGGCAAGCGCAUCACCCUCCAGGUCCAGAACGAGGUGGAUCUCUCCCGCGACAUUCUUAAGAGCGAUACCGCUGGGCUGAUCAGUCCUGAGUUGGAUUUGGACGUCCAGCCUGGAACUCUCGGUGGUCGUUUCACUACCGUUGAAGGAUUGCUAGUUGAGAUCAGAGAUCAAUUGAGUGGUGCUAUCUUCGAUGUUGAUGACUCCGCGAACGCCGGAGGUGACGGCAUGGAGCACUCUGACAAGGAUAAGUGGCAGCGAUUUUUCAAUCGUCUCAACCAAGCUAUCAACGGCGAGCUCAAGUUCACCAUUACAUUGCAAGACCCGAUGGCCUCCAGUUACGUCCAGGACCUUUGCAGCCCGGCUGUCGAUCCCCAAAUUAUCAUUGAGGAGUAUACCCGCUCUGCGGAGGAGGAAGAUGAUUUGGGUCUGACCGACAUGAAGACUGAAGGUUACGAGCAGGAUGCCGAGAAAGCCAAGGAUGCUCCUAAGGAAUAA